UUCAAGUCCUACUUGGAGGGUCGCGGGGCUGCCCUCGCCCUGACUGCGGAGUUCCUGCCGUACUACGCACUGCCCUUUGUACAACAGCCCGAGCACCACCCCUCCUUCGAGGCCCUGUUCCAGUCCCGCUGGGUGGACGAGGAGCGACUACAGCUGAAGAACUUCCUAGAGGGCCUUACGGCGAGGUCCGGUGUACCGCAGCUGUACAUCAUGUAC